GACUUAUCUGCUGCUCCAAUUCCCAAGGCCAGAACAUGCCGGAAACAACGCGCAACCCCGCAGCGCAGACCGCCGUCGCCGCGCGCAGCCAUGCCAAGCACAGCCCCAAGCCGCUGUUUGACUCGGAGGGCGGCCAGACGCCCGUCGGACCGCGCUUGGCCCUGGCGCUGAUCUGGGUGGUCAUCAUCCCGUGGUUCCACUACUACCUGCCGCCCGUCAACGGCAGACUCAAGUUCAACCCGUACGGAAUGGUCUUCCUGACUGCCCAGUCGUGCCACAUCAUGUGUGUGUACAACAUUGUGCUGCUGAUCGCCGCCGUCUUCCAUCUCGACGGACUCGCCAAGUUUGUCUCGCGCCACUUCCGCGGGCUCGCGUUCACCCUGGGCAUGUUCAUUGGCAUUGGCUACUAUGCGCUGGUGCACUGGUCGCCGCUCGUCCGUGCCCGUGCCGCCGAGGUGCCCCACUUUGACACCAUCAUGCACCUGAUGCACGGCCUGCCGCCGCUGAUUGCCCUGGCCGACGUCUAUGUGCAUUCGCGCGCUGGACACAAGCUCUUGUUCCGCUCGCAUGUCUACCACUGCGUCGGAUAUGCCGUCUUCUACCUUGCCUGGUCGGUCUACUGCGUUCAGCGCAACGACGGCGUCUGGCCCUACCCCUUCCAAAACGACUUUACCCACAUUGCCCAGCACAUUGCCUUCAACUCGUUUGUCUUUGUGGCCCUUGCCGGCAUUCUCCGUGGCGGUGUUGCUCUGUGCGACCGAGUCUUUACCCAAGUCAAGCACGCGCAAGAGUAGUCGUCGCAGGUUGUUCAAAUCCGAUCGUGUUUUUGGCGAUGUGAUUCGGGGAUUGUUUUUCCAGCAACUGCAGUGGCGUGUCGUUGAUGUUUACCAAGUCAUCACAAAGGAUUGUCACCGCAACCAUGUCACACUUUGAUAGCGUCAGAUGUGGGAAAACAAUGAGGGUCAGAAACUGGAACCAAAAGAGCGAUGAAGAG